GCCCCGCCUCCGCUCCCGCUCGCUUAGCCGCACUCCCUCCUUCCCCCGCCCGCCCUCCUUAUCUCCCCGACUCCGCUGGGUUCCUGUGGCCACCCUGCAGCCCCCACCCAGGUGCCAUGGCUGCUGUGUACCGCCCCGGCCUGCGCAGGCUGAGCUGGCACAAGCUGAGCCCCUGGUGCUGGAAAACAUGCCGCAGCCUCCAGAACCUGCAUGUGCUUAGUGGAGAUCUGGGCCAGCUCCCUGCUGGAGUUCGAGACUUUGUGGAGCGCAGCGCCCGUCUGUGCCAACCUGAGGGCAUUCACAUCUGUGAUGGGACAGAGGCUGAGAACACUGCCAUCCUGGCCUUGUUGGAACACCAGGGCCUUAUCCGAAAGCUCCCCAAGUACAAUAACUGCUGGCUGGCCCGCACAGACCCCAAGGACGUGGCACGAGUAGAAAGCAAGACUGUGAUUGUAACUCCUUCUCAGCGGGACACUGUGCCCCUCCCGGCUGGUGGGGCCCAUGGACAACUGGGCAACUGGAUGUCCCCAGCUGAAUUCCAGCAAGCAGUGGAUGAGAGGUUUCCGGGCUGCAUGCAGGGCCGAACCAUGUACGUGCUUCCAUUCAGCAUGGGUCCGGUGGGCUCCCCUCUGUCCCGCAUCGGGGUGCAGCUUACGGACUCAGCCUACGUAGUGGCAAGCAUGCGUAUUAUGACCCGGUUGGGGAUUCCUGUGCUUCAGACCCUGGGAGAUGGGGAUUUUGUCCAAUGUCUACACUCUGUGGGUCAGCCCCUGACUGGCCAAGGGGAUCCAGAGAGCCAGUGGCCAUGCAACCCAGAAAAAACCCUGAUUGGCCAUGUGCCAGACCAGCGGGAGAUCGUCUCCUUCGGCAGCGGCUAUGGUGGCAACUCCUUGCUUGGCAAGAAAUGCUUUGCCCUACGGAUCGCUUCUCGCCUGGCCAGGGAUGAGGGCUGGCUGGCGGAGCACAUGCUGAUUCUGGGCAUCACUAACCCUGCAGGGAAAAAGCGUUAUGUGGCAGCUGCCUUCCCCAGUGCCUGUGGCAAGACGAAUCUGGCCAUGAUGCGGCCCACACUGCCAGGCUGGAAAGUCGAGUGCGUGGGGGAUGACAUCGCCUGGAUGAGGUUUGACGAUGAAGGUCGACUGCGGGCCAUCAACCCAGAGAAUGGUUUCUUUGGAGUGGCCCCUGGAACCUCUGCUACUACCAACCCUAACGCCAUGGCCACAAUCCAGAGCAACACUCUUUUCACCAAUGUGGCUGAGACCAGUGACGGUGGUGUAUACUGGGAAGGCAUUGACCAGCCUCUUCCACCUGGCAUCACUGUGACCUCCUGGCUGGGCAAACCCUGGAAACCCGGUGACAAGGAGCCCUGUGCACAUCCCAACUCUCGCUUUUGUGCCCCUGCUCAUCAGUGCCCCAUUAUGGAUCCAGCCUGGGAGGCCCCGGAGGGAGUCCCCAUUGAUGCUAUAAUCUUUGGAGGCCGUAGACCCAAAGGGGUACCUUUGGUAUAUGAGGCCUUCAACUGGCGUCAUGGGGUAUUUGUGGGUAGUGCCAUGCGCUCUGAGUCCACUGCAGCAGCUGAACACAAAGGGAAGGUCAUCAUGCACGACCCAUUUGCCAUGCGGCCCUUUUUCGGCUACAAUUUUGGGCGCUACCUGGAACACUGGCUGAGCAUGGAGGGACAUAAGGGAGCCCAGCUGCCCCGCAUCUUUCACGUCAACUGGUUCCGGCGUGAUGAGGCAGGCUACUUCCUGUGGCCAGGCUUUGGGGAGAAUGUUCGUGUGCUAGACUGGAUCUGCAGGAGGUUAGAGGGGGAAGAAAGUGCCCAAGAGACACCUAUUGGGCUGGUACCAAAGGAAGGAGCCCUAGACCUCAGUGGCCUCAAAGCCAUAGACACCACUCAGCUGUUAUCAGUCCCCAAGGACUUCUGGGAGCAGGAGGUUUGUGACAUUCGCAGCUACCUGACAGAGCAGGUCAACCAAGAUCUUCCCAAAGAGGUGUUGGGUGAGCUGGAGGCCCUGGAAGGGCGUGUGGGCAGAAUGUGACCCAGGACUCCAAACUAGCAAGACAACAUAGCACCUCCAUCUGGAAAUAGAUGGCUUCUAAGAUCCUAGGAACCCCUAGACUUAGAGGAAAUAUGGGCAACUUGUUAUUAACUAUAAUAUCUGAGUGCCAUGAGACCAGGCCAUAGUCCUUCCCCCACAAACUGUUGAAUAAGAGAUAUCACUUAUUUUAUACAA